AUGGACGACUACCAGAAUCUCGACAGGUACCAAGACAACGCACUUGGCCAACUGCCAAUGUUGCAAGUCUAUUCGCACCUGAUGUACCUGUUCCCUCUCUCCGAGCAAAUCUCGCGCGAGAAAGUCGUCCAGGAGCUGUCAGACGCUGUGACCAAAGUCCGGAAGGCGGUUCCCUGGCUAGGGGCUCGGGUGGUCAACGUGGGAAAGACGGCCACCAGCUCAGGCGUUUACCGGCCCGUGGCCACCGCGUUUCCGUCGCCAGCCAUCGACGUCGCAGACGCCACGGGCAACCCCGCGGUGCCCACGUAUGCCGAGUUCCGCGCGGCCAAGGCGGCCCUCGGCAAGAUCGACAGCAAAAUCUGCACGCCCGUGCCGGGCUUCCCCGUGAAGUGCGACGUGGACUCGGACGAGCACCCUGCGCACGUGGUGCGCGUGCAGGCAACCUUUGUCCGCGGCGGCGUGCUGGUGGAUUUCGCCAUCGCGCACAACAUGGCCGACGCCCGCGGCCACCUGGGCUUCAUCCGCCUCGUGGCGGCGACCAUGCGCGGCGAGUCCAUCCCCGCGCCGGUGCUCGCGCAGGCCUGCCAGGACCGCCGAGAUGCCGUCCCGCUGCUGCGCGACGACGAGCCCAUGCUCGACCACAGCCACCACAGGCGCCCUCCCGUGACGGCCGACGCCCCGCUGACUGGCAACAUCAAGGAGCCCGCGCGAUACCACGUCUUCCGCUUCACCGUCGCCAGCAUGGCCGCACUCAAAGAACUCGCCUCCGCCGGCUCCCAGCCGCAGCAGCAAACUACCACGAACGGCACAAGCGGUGUGUCGCUGCCGCCGCCGCCCUCGGUGCCUUUCAUCUCGACCGACGACGCGCUGUGCGCCUUCUACUGGCAGCGGGUCACCGCAGCGCGGCAGGCCAGCCGAGACAGCGCCCCGCUGCCCGCCUCCACCGUUUCGCGGUUCACGCGGCAGGCCGACGGGCGGCGGCUCGUGGGGCUCGGGCCAGACUACAUGGCGGACGUCAUCCACACGGUCUCGACCUGGCUGACGCUCGGGGAGGUGACGGGCCUGCCGCUGAGCGGCGUCGCGGCGCACCUGCGGGCGCGGCUGGACGCGACCAACACGGCGCACCACCUGCGCAGCUUCGCGACGUUCGUGGCCCGCGAGCCGGACAAGUCGACCAUCACGUACGCGGGCGCCUUCGACGCGCGCGUCGACGUCGGCUGCACCUCGACGCGCAGCCUGUGGCGCGAGGCGUUCCCCUCGUUCGGCCCCCUCCUGGGCACUCCCGAGUUCCUCCGAAGGCCCCCCAGCAUUCCCUUCCCCGGCACGCUCGCCCUCUUCCCCGGCUCGCCCGGGGGCGACUGCGAUGCGGUGGCGUGCUUGACGGAUUCCGAGUUUGACGCGUUGAGUGCUGACCCGGAGUGGGUCAAGUACGUCGAGUACAUUGGCUGA